CUCUUGAGUCUUGAUCUCUCUCGUCCUCCUCGGUGGGUUGACUCUCGCCGCUAGCACCACGACUCCAGUUCCAAGAACAAGAAGCGUUUGUUCUUGAAGAAACAGAUUAUCGGUUCAUUUGGAGUCUAUGAAACAUAAAAAAAUUACAAUGCCACACAUCCAGUCCGACAAACUUCUGCUACUAUUGCUAUUCGUGCAGCUAUCUUUCACAUCCCUCAUUGCAUCACAAAGACAACAUCAACGAGUAAAAUCUGCAGUGUUCCUCUCCCCACCUCUCACUCUCCGACCUGGUUCUGUGGCCAGCAAACUAUACUACAACGUCCCAUUUCCAAGGGGCCACAUCGCCCUCAAGAGUUUCAACGGCGAGGUGGUCGAUGGAAAUGGCACUCCUGUUCCCCUGCAUGAAACUUACCUGCAUCACUGGGUCAUGGAACGAUACUAUGCGAGAAAGGGCGGCGCUGCCACUGAAACAAACUAUUCAGACAUUAAAUCAUCAGACAAUUCAAGCUAUAUAUGGGCUAGGAAUGCUGGAAUUUGCAUCGGUACUCUGAGGCAGCACUUCGGGCUCGGUUCGGAGACUCGUCGCACAGACACAUGGGUCCCUGACCCCUAUGGCAUUGAGGUUGGCAACCCCAGCCAAGUCCCAGAUGGCUAUGAGGAGAGAUGGGUGCUGAACAUUCACGCAAUUGAUACUCGGGGAGUCGUGGACCGGCUCGGGUGCACCGAGUGCAAAUGCAGCCUCUACAAUGUGACUAAGGAUGAGUUCGGUGCCCCCCUGCCGAAGCACUAUGUGGGGGGUCUGUAUUGUUGCCAUGACCAGACACAGUGCAAGGUAAGGGAAGGCUAUGGUAAUGUUGCCAGGACUUUGCAUCUCAGGUACACAGUCAAGUGGCUCGACUGGCUUGAGAACCAUCUCGUACCUGUCAAGAUAUACAUUUUUGAUGUUACAGAUUCAGGUGAGCCAGUUGAUCCGACAGAAGAGGACCCUUUCAAGUUAAGCUGCAAGAUAGAGUAUCAAGUCGAAGCUUGCAGAGUGGAUGAUAACACAAAGUGUGUGGAUAGUAAAAAGGUUAAGUUGGUGAUGGCAAAAGGUGGUGAUAUUGUGUAUGGUGUUGCACACCAGCACACUGCAGGUGUAGGUGCUGCUCUCUAUGGUCAGGAUGGACGAGUCUUGUGCACUUCCAAUCCGAAGUAUGGAGAGGGAGAAGAUGUCGGUGACGAGGUCGGAUACAUCGUAGGGAUGUCUGCCUGCUACCCAGAGCCAGGCUCUGUGAGAGUUACAGAUGGGGAAGUCUUGACAUUGGAAUCCAACUACAGUAGCAGCCAAGCUCAUACUGGAGUCAUGGGGCUUUUCUACAUUUUGGUGGCUGAAGUUGCACCAGGAGAAAUGGAGCUCCCAAAGCACACAUUGUCUUUUGUGCUUGCAGGUGGUGUGUUGAUGGCAGCAGCUGGAAUCUGUUAUCUGUGGAAGAAACGCAAGAAUGCAGCAUAUGAAACUUUGGCCAUUGCUUAAAGAAAUUGUUCAUCGAAAAGGACUCUGAAAAUACGUCUAAAUGUGUAUGGGUGUCUCUGUUAAGUAAAAGUCUCAAUAGCAUAAGAGGUUCAAUAGAAUAUCAAUGCGUUUUAAGAAGUGAUCUUGUGGUCAGACACUUUCAGUGUUUCCAGUAAUUUUAUGUUUCUCAGGUGUUACUGUGUUCUCGAAAUGCUAAAAAGGUUAUGAUUGGGAUAGAACUUUUA